GGACCUCUGAUCCGUCGAGACACGUAAGGACGUUUGAAAAUAUGGCUGUGUUGCACGGAUAUACUGAUCCCGUUAGUUGCAGGGCUUUUUUAUCGACCCUCAGGGGAGGGGCGCUCGACUGGUUCCAACAGCUCCCCCCAGGCUCGAUAGUGGACUUUGGAGAUUUUGCAAAAAAGCUGACAAAUCAAUAUUCGAGCGCGGUGGCUCAGGAGAAGACGUAUUUGACAUUGAUGGCGAUGAGACAGGGCGAGAAAGAAUCAUUGCGCAAGUAUGUUGCUCGAUAUAAUCAGGCUUGUUUGGAGAUUCCAUCGGCGGUCGACGAGGUCAAGGCGGGAGGACUGAUAAGGAGUUUGCGAGCGGGGCCGUGUAGAACUUCUUUGGCUAAGACCCCUGCCCACACGUAUGAUGAAGUAUUGAGGACGUGUAGAAAAUAUAUCAAUCUCGAGGAGACUGAGGCGGAGUUUGCCAAGCUGGAGGAAUUAGGUCGAGGGGAGUCAAGGAAGGAAAAAACGGUCUCGCCCAAAAGGAAAGCCUCGCCCAGGAGGGAGGGGCGAGCUAGACAAGACCGAGGGCGAGAGGAUAGGUGGAAGGACCGACCCAUCUCUGGGGGAAAAAGAUUCCAUGAUUACACCCCGUUGAACACAAAGGUAGCCGAGGUUCUGAUAGCUAUGGAGAAAAGGAUAGAUGAGAAAGACGUGACGUGGCCCAGGUCGAGGUUCGAGGGGCCCACCCAACUGAAGUCGAGGAGAUAUUGCCGCUUUCACAAAGACUAUGGCCACACUACUGAGGAUUGUCGGCACCUCAAGGAUGAAAUUGAGCGCCUCAUUCGAGCAGGACACCUCAAGGA